AAUAAGCAACAAAACUAUUUUACUCAAUCAACUCAAAACUGCAAAGCUAGAGAGAAAAGGGACUCACCGCACCAUAAUCAACGAGACAACGACACUCGGUCCUCUGCCGCUCUCGCUUCUUCUACUUUCUCCAGUGAACGGAAGUAGCCGACGUGGAAGCCAGAGCAAAACGGCUGGGGAAAUGAGGUAAGAAACUAAAACCAUGAUCGGAAGAGCUCCCCGCCUCCCCUUCGCCACCUCCAUCGCCGUCGCCGUGCUACUUGCCGCCGGUCUCCGCACCGUCUGUGGCGCCGAGUUCGAUGGAGACUACUCCAAACUGUCGGGAAUCAUAAUCCCCGGCUUCGCAUCCACUCAGCUCCGAGCCUGGUCCCUGCUCGACUGUCCUUACUCUCCUCUCGAUUUCAGAUUUUCAACCCUCUCGACUUGGUCUGGCUCGACACCACCAAGCUUACCUGUUGUUGUUCUGCAGCUUCUUUCGGCGGUGGAUUGUUGGCUCAAAUGCAUGAUGCUUGAUCCUUACAACCAAACAGAUAACGCUGAGUGCAAGUCGAGACCUGAUAGUGGUCUCUCUGCGAUUACUGAACUUGAUCCAGGUUACAUUACAGGUCCUCUGUCUUCUAUAUGGAAAGAGUGGAUUAAGUGGUGCAUUCAAUUUGGUAUCGAGGCAAAUGCAAUAAUUGCUGUUCCUUACGAUUGGAGGUUGUCUCCAUCGAUGCUUGAGGAGCGAGACCUCUAUUUCCAUAACCUCAAAUUGACCUUUGAAACUGCCCUCAAGCUUCGUGGUGGACCUUCUUUGGUAUUUGGCCACUCAUUGGGUAACCUUGUAUUCCGUUACUUUCUGGAGUGGCUUAAGCUUGAAAUUGCUCCGAAACAUUACAAUCAAUGGCUGGAUGAUCACAUCCAUGCCUACUUUGCUGUUGGAGCUCCUCUUCUUGGCUCACCCGAGACAGUGAAAGCUACUCUUUUUGGAAACACAUUUGGGUUUCCUGUUUCUGAGGGAACAGCUCGAUUAAUGUUCAAUUCUUUUUCUUCUUCAUUGUGGAUGAUGCCACAGUCAAAGUAUUGUACAUCCGAUAAUCCAUAUUGGAAACAUUUUUCUGGAGGAUUCAGAAAGAAAAAUCAAACCUAUCACUGUGAGGAGCAAGAAUAUCGAACAAACUACUCUGGAUGGCCAACCAACUUGGUCAACAUAGAAAUCCCUUCUAUUCCUGGGUUUGAUGCCUAUCCAUCACUCCAAGAUAUGCUCGAAACAAACUUCUCGGCCUUGGAAUGUGGACUCCCUACUCAGUUAUCUUUCUCAGCUCGUGAAGUUGCAGAUGGAACACUUUUCAGAGCCAUAGAGGACUAUGAUUCUGACACAAAGAGGCUAUUGUACCAAUUACAGAAGUCAUACCACGGUGAUCCUGUUGUUAAUCCACUUACACCCUGGGAUAGACCUCCUAUUAAAAAUAUUUUCUGCAUCUAUGGAAUAGAUUUGAAGACGGAGGUUGGUUACUAUUUUGCACCGAGUGGCAAACCUUAUCCAGAUAAUUGGAUCAUAACAGAUGUUAUUUACGAGAUUGAAGGAUCCCUCUACACAAGGCGAGUAUUUUUACUGUCUGGAAAUCUGGUUGAAGGGAAUCCAGGAGCUACAAGUGGGGAUGAGACAGUACCAUACAAUUCCUUAUCACUAUGCAAGAGUUGGCUUGGAUCAAAAGUGAACAUAACAAGGGCUCCUCAGGCCGAGCAUGAUGGAUCUGAUGUACAAGUAGAACUGAAUGUUGACCAUCUCCCUGAAGAUGAUAUAAUUGCCAACAUGACACGGUCUUCAAGGGUAAAAUAUAUUACAUAUUAUGAAGAUUCCGAAAGCAUACCAGGAAAGAGGACAGCAGUUUGGGAACUUGAUAAAGGUCGGUUUAUGGCUUCUGUUCACUUCGGCUUGGAAUAUGAGGGUAACUCAAACUAUCCUUCUGUAGCAAAUCAUAGGAACAUCGUUAGAUCUCCGGUUUUAAUGCGGGAGCUGUGGCUUCAGAUGUGGCAUGACAUCCGUCCUGAUACGACAUCGAAAUUCGUUACAAAAGCAAAACGAGGUCCUCUAAGAGACGAUGACUGCUACUGGGACUAUGGGAAAGCUAGAUGCGCUUGGGCGGAGUACUGUGAAUAUAGAUACAUUUUUGGUGAUGUUCACCUGGGACAGAGCUGUAGAUUGAAGAAUUCGUCAGCCGAGACACUCUUGAAUUACCUUUAAGGCUAUAUGUAUUUAUUAGCAUAGCAAUCCCCACCGAUCAUUGUACACAAUUGUACAAUAAGCAGCCCUCUCGCUGGAGGAGCAGCUGGGUACUUGGGUUGUGCGGAAGUUCCAAAAUAAAGUACAUUGCUCUUCAACACAAGCCUUCCAACAACCCUUGGCAUCACAAACGCCGAGGUUUUGAUGCUCGUUUUCCCCUGUAUCCAUACAGAUGUGAAUUCAAUCCAGACUUGGACCUGCUGUUGCUUCAACUGAAAUAUCUAGGAUUCAAAGCCGGUCCAGGUCAGAGAACUCAACAUCUACCUCAUGAGAUAGCACUGGAGCAUUUUUUUUUUACCGUCUUUGAAAAGCAAUUUCUUGGCUAGUUAACAAAAAAACAGAAGUAACUUUGGGUAAAGAUCUGUAACCGUCAAAUGUGAACGUUGGGCAUCUGCGACAAGCUGAAGUGUGAGUUUAGAUUUGUGGUAGUUUUCUUCUAAUAGGUCACCUGUAGUAAGCCUAAUUUGGGAUCAGAACAAUGUGGUAGCCAGUCAUUGAUCAUCCUUCAACAAUCCUGCUCUGUAAUAUUGACUCCUUUAAUGUCACAUUAGAUUACAACACAUGCAGAACGAAGAUGGAAGCAGAGACUGUUCCCAAGAAAAACAAAGAAGCUACAACUGCUGCAAUCCGUUCAAUGGACUGAUGGACAACCACAAAUUCACUCCUAAUCGCAACACAACAGCAUAUGGCCAGAGAAAAAGGGUUCCAUUGUGGCGGCGGAAGGGGCUAGGUUAGAGGGUCUUUUUGAUCUGGAAGCAGUACUUGAGCUCCAGGUGACAUCUUUUGUCAUCGUCUUCAAACUGCCGGAAACAACAAAGAGUUGGACUGUACUCGUUGUACGUAAGAUGGAUGCUUUUCGGGACUGACCUUAAGCUUAGCGGAGUAAGUCCCGCGAGCUAGAAUACCAGACGGAGUGGUCUCCUCCUCCAAAGUAUGCACGUAUGGCUCACGUUGAGGAGCAAAAGUACCCAGCAUUCCUUUGUUCUGAUCAACUGCAUUUUCCCCCCGUCAUGUUAGUUCAAAAUAAUCAUGUCAAUCGAUCUACUUUUGAGCGUAAAGAAACCAGACCGAAGAUGGAAAGAGCGGGAGAGAGAGAGAUGGGCUGUGUUGUUGUGCACCUUGAAUCCCUGACUUCCACACUGUAUUUGAGUAGGUCAAACCGGAGACAAUGUUGUGAAGAACAGUAAAGGUGAACUUGAGUUGAUACUGAGACCCUUCCCUGAGAGUGAAAAGCAGGCGACUUGAGCGGCUCUCAUUCUCAUUGGCAACGAUAGGCAAUGGUGUAGUUACUUCCCCAAAGUCGCUGCACAUUAUGCCUAUGGAAUGGAACCUAACUUCCGCCUCUGUUUCGCCUGGCAAACCGCAAUAGCAGCAUAUAUCCGAGUGAACGAUAUGGAAACUGGAAUGCCUGAAGAGCAGAUAUGCAAAGACAAAGCAAAGCUAAAGGCUCCUGUUAGGUCGAAAUCGCUACCGUUCAAUUCGCCGCUGAUGGAGCCUAGCAGCUUCUCUUUCCACCUUCUCAAGCUGUCGUCAUCCUGCGUGCGGAGUUAAGUCACACAAGACUCGUUCCUGUUACUCUAUCUUGACAGCUUUAUAUUACCAGAAAAGGAAACAAAAGUGCUGAUGCUCUCGACAAAACAAACAAGGGGAAAACAGGGGAAGGAGGGGAAAACAGGGAGGAGAAGAAGAAGGAAGCAGAGACCUUGUCCUUGUCAAUCUGUUCCUUGAGGGAGAGCAGAGGCCCAGGGACGAACCCACUGCUACUGGUAGUAGUAACAAGAGGAGGAGGAAUGUGACGAUGAUCAUCACCGUCGCCAUUAUUAGCAUCCUCCAAUCUGUCCUCUAAGUCGUCGUCGUCAUCAUCAGGAACAGGAGGAGGUUCUUCUUCUUCUUCUUCUCCAUUUGAUGGCUUGACAGCGGCAUCUGCAUCCGACAACACAUUAUUGAUCUCCUUUCCUUGUUUCCGCUCUUCAACGGCGCCACUACAAGUACUAGUACUGCUUCCACCUGCUGCUGCUGUUGAACAAGGACCAGCUUCUGGUGCUGUCUUCUUCCCACUCUCCAUUUCCCCUGCCUUAACUUCUUUUUGUUUGCCUGGGUACGGAGCAUAAAAAGAUGGGAACUUUUCUGGGGGAAAGGAAGAGCUAUUAGGACUGUUCAAAAUUUUGGGAACCCCAGAACAGAGGGAAAGAGAAAGGUCACGAGAGGAAAUAAAUGGUGGGAAAGGAGAGAGAGAGAGAGAGAGAGUUUUCAGUUACCCCUGCUGCCCGCAGUUCACCGUCUCCUGCCUCCUUUUGCUGCUACUGCUAGGAAAGGAAAGGGCGCAGGACAAGUACGAGAGGGAAGGGAGUGAAAACCAAGGUUGUCAAACCGGUUUAUACUA